AAGCAGCAAUAUCCAGAACACCUGGACGCGCCACCAGAAUGCAGCCAUGAUCACCUCCCCCCUCCUCCCCCUCUUCCCAUCCUUCUCCCUCCUCCCCACCACCGCCGCCUGCCGCUCCCCUCCCACCACCUGCCUCGUCCCUUUCCAAAGAAUCAGUCUCAGCCGCCGCUGCCGCCUGGCCGCCUCCGUGACGGAGAGGAGCAACAACGAAGAAGAAGCGGCCGGGAGCACGAACGGGUCCCUCCCGGGCCUGCCCUCCGUGGAAGAGGACGACGACGAGUUCUGCCCGGUGGACUGCGUGACGGAGUUCAAGACCGACGAGGAGUUCGCGCGGCACCUGGAGCGGUCCAAGGCCACGGGCGCGCUGGUGGUGGUGGACUUCUACCGGCCGUCGUGCGGCAGCUGCAAGUACGUCGAGAAGGGGUUCAUGCGGCUCUGCAAGGGCUCCGGCGACGACGGCUCCCCCGUCGUCUUCCUCAAGCACAACGUGAUUGAUGAGUACGACGAGCAGUCGGAGGUGGCUGACCGGCUGCGCAUCAAGAUUGUGCCACUGUUCCAUUUCUACAAGGAUGGGAUGCUGGUGGAGUCGUUCGCGACGAGGGACAAGGAGAGGAUCAUUGCUGCCAUCCGGAAGUACACCUCGCCUGAGGCUGAAGAGGAGCUGAAGGAGUAGUUCCAUUGGCGAGCAAUAAUGUCUUCAAGGUGCAGAUAUGGAGCUUGAGCAGAAUUAUUUGACGUCGCUACGCUUGUCCAUGCAUAUGGGAUGAUAACUAUUAUAAUCAUAAGUGACGAUUAUGAACAAAUGUACCAUUUUCUGUAAAAAUAGAUGUACAAUAUCUGAACCAUAUAUCAUUUUUGCUA